ACACGUCACGCAGAACGAGUCACGUGCAGGAAAUGAACAAAACACUACCACAGUCGACUACAUGCCAGUAGCUAAAUUUUGCAUUAAAAUUAUAAUGCAACUUGGAUAUAAAGUACAAAUCUAUAGCGCGUCUAACGGAGGCAUUUGACGAAUUCAAGCGUUAAAUGAGAAAGAAAACAAGUAGCUCAGAAGAUAAUAUGCAACAGUAACAUUUACUGCUUCGUGAUUUGUAUAUUAUAUUUUGUUUAACAAACAAGAGUUCAAUUAAGUUCGAAACAUUUGCCAUGAAGGGUCUUUACUGUAAACCAGGAGAUCAGGGUGAUGUAAAGUUUAUCUUACAAGAGACGAAUGUACCCAAUAACAUUGGAAACUAUGAGGUCAAAGUUCAAGUUAAAAGCUGUGCCCUAAGUCCAGUUGAUUUUAAGCUAUGUGAGGACUUAAAGCUUGGAAAAGAACAGAUCCCAGUCGGAAGGGAGAUCGCUGGAGUUGUUCUUCAAGUUGGACCAAAAGUUAAAUUUUUCCAGCCAGAAGAUGAGGUUGUUGGGAUUCUCCCUCUGGAUGCUGAGCUAUCUGGCCUGUGUUCUGUCGUGCUUAUUGAUGAAUUUAAUUUAGUUCAGAAGCCAGCAAAAGUGAGUUGGUUUGAAGCCGCAGCAGUAAUGAAAGACGGUGUCAGGGCCUACACGGCUCUCCACACAUUGGCUCGGAUGGCUGUGGGUCAAACUGUACUCGUGCUAGAUGGUGCAAGUCCCUUUGGAGUUUUGGCCAUUCAGCUCGCCCACUAUCAUGGUGUAAAAGUCAUCGCUACAGCUUUGUCUCCCGAAGACCAGAAGUUUUUGGAGGAGUUCAGGCCGAGUGUGGCACGAGUGAUCAGAGUGUGGGACCCGAAGGAUGACUUUGUGGAUUCGUGUCUUGAGGAGACAGGGGGACUUGGAGUGGACAUCAUCGUUGACUCAGGAGUGAAAAUGUUUGAGGAGGAAGCUGAAGCGCAGAAGCAUCUCCCGCAUAAACACGACAUCAUUACACUUCUGUCAGUUGGAGGUCAUUGGGUUACCACAGAACAAAACUUACAGAUGGACCCUCCAGACAGCCACAUUAUGUUUAUGAAGGCGGCGUCUCUCUCAUUCCUCAAUGAAGAGGUGUGGACAGCAUCUCGAUCCAAGCAGGGCAGAUAUCUUCAUAUAAUGAAAGAUGUGGUGGAGAAGCUUUCCAUGGGAACGUUUAGGCCACAGAUGGAGGACCCUGUACCGCUAUAUGAAGCUACUGUCUCCAUGGAAAUGGUUCAGAAAAAGCAAGCCAGGAAAAGGAUAGUUGUCAAGCUCUGAAGAAGACUCCAAAAACAUUUCCAUAUUUAUGGCAAUUUUACUGUACCCGAUAUUGAUGUUGUAAAUCUCAAGUAAAUGUGUUUUUCCAUUUUAAA